AUCACGUGACCAUUAAAUAACUUGGCAUGUGUGGAGGCUGGUUAGAAAUAGAGCCUGUGACGUCACUUAACGCGCGCACUUCUGUUUCCUAAUGGCUUCAGACAACGAUGCAAAGAAGGCCAAACUAGAGUCUCACCUUCUGUAUGCAGAAAUCAAAACAGUGGAGAUGCAUACGGGCGGAGAACCAUUGAGGAUCAUCACGUCUGGUUUCCCGGAUGUUGAAGGUUCGACUGUGUUAGCGAAGAGGCGCUAUUGCAGAGAGAAAUUGGAUCAUUUAAGGAAAAUGUUGAUAUUUGAACCUCGUGGUCAUUACAACAUGUAUGGUGCCAUCCUUGUUGAAGCAGACAUAAAAGAAGCUGAUUUUGGAGUUAUUUUCAUACACAAUGAAGGUUACAGCACGAUGUGCGGACACGCCAUCAUUGCUCUUGGUCGUUAUGCUCUAGAUUACGGUAUCGUGAAAGGAGUGGCACCUGAAACUCAAGUCAACAUCCAAUGUCCUUGCGGCCUUGUGCGAGCAUUUGUGCAAUAUGAUGAGAACACAAAGCAGAGCGGACGUGUGAGAUUUGAGAGUGUGCCUGCGUUUGCAUUUUCCACUCAGCUGGAGAUCGAAACGGAAAAGUAUGGAAAUGUGAUCGUUGACAUUGGAUACGGUGGUGCAUUCUAUGCAGUCGCACACGCAUCCCAGUUUGGUUUGAAUGUGAGAGAGUCGCGUACGAGGGAUCUUGUAGAUGCUGCAAGUCACGUGACCGAAUGCGCGAAACGUCAAGUGCAGUUGAGUCAUCCGGUUGAUGACGAUUUGGCAUUCUUGUAUGGCACGAUCGUGACGGAUGGGAAAGACGAAUUUGAUGCUAAGGAACCGACAGCUAACAUAUGCGUAUUUGCUGAUGAUGAAGUUGAUCGCAGCCCUACUGGCUCUGGAGUAACGGCUCGUAUUGCUAUUCAACAUCGUCGCGGUCUCAUCCAACUCAACCAACUUCGUCAUUUCGAGAGUAUUGUAAACUCUCGCUUUACUGGCAAGGCAAUCAGGACGACUCGAUGUGGUGAUUUUCCUGCCGUCGUGGUUGAGGUAUCUGGUCGUGCAUACUACACAGGAACAGCAACAUUUACAGCAGAAACAGACGAUGAACGUGCAGAAGGAUUUUUGCUGCAUUAAUGUGUGAUCACGUGAUACAGUCCAUUUUAUUACUUAUUGGCAAUUAAUUUAUAACGUGAAGGUCACCUGCAUUUUUGCUACAUUUUUUACUCUUUGAAAUUUGGACAGAAAUGUAAUUGGAUUGGAUCUAUCAGACAACGUGUACAGUAGUAGGAUUGUUGGGAUUUAUGGUCACGUGCAAGUUGUAGUCACGUGCUUGAUCACGUGUUUGUUUGUUUCAGUUGUGAUUGUCCCUGUACUAAAAACUUAUUA